UUAUUAGCAUGAAUUUUUAGCUAUGAACGUGAUUCCAAGCCGACUGGACCGCUCUAGGAGUCCGGAUUUUAUGAAGCAGUUCUCUGACCAUAUCUGAAUUUCACAAUGCUUACAAAGCUUUUGUGAAGCAGAACAAGCAAUUUAAUGUGUUGUUUGUGUCCAUUAAGAGUGCCCAAUUCGACUGUAGCGUUUCAGAAUCGACAUGGGUGGCACUCCGUCAACGCGCCGAGUAACAGUUGUCAACAGCACGGACCCUGAUGUCAUCACAAUUUCGGAUGACGUUAUUCAAAGACUUGACUCCGCCCUCAGGUCGCCCAGGGGUCCUGCUGCAACCUCUGGGGUCCCCGCUGGCAUCGGUUACCCGUCCUACAGCGAAAUGAGCGGUCGAUCGCAUCAAACAGAAAUGGACAAGCUCGAUCAAGAAUGGAGACAGCGACUCGACGGGCUUGAUCAGCAGAAUCAACUGCUUUAUAAAUUAGCUACGAGUAAAUUUACCGCUGAGGUGGCUGACGUCCAUCGAGAGUAUGUGAGUGACUUUAUGAAGCCAGUCUGUCAAAACACACAGAACGCAGUCCUCGAGUGCUAUCAAAAGAAUAGCAAGCAACCGCUACAAUGUUCACGGGAGGUAGCUGCAUUUCAAAAUUGCGUCUCUGCUACGCGUCUGCACUUGUCGGCAAAAUAGUACUAAGUUCAACAUCAAUCGAAGUGGUCCAGCUAAAGAAAUUAUAACAAACAAACCCAUAACAAAUAGGUAAAUGCAUGCGUGCUAAAUAGACUCUAUCGUGAACGACUAUCUUCGAAGAGCAUUAUUGUCUGCCCGUCACAAAACAAGUUUGUUGUAAAUCUAUUAAUUUCUAUAAUGUUAUCGAAAAAGAAAAAGCAAAUGUUGUUAGAAUAGAGUGAAGUAAUGGUACAACUAUGAAUUAGCUGGUACCCCGGUAUGUUGAUUGUCAAAUGAUGUGGUUCCUUUUUUGCAAAUAUUGUAUCUCCAUUAGUAACUGAAACCUAAUUAAUUGGAAUGAGAGCGUAUAAGCUACAACGAAUUCUAUGUAACUGAGAAAUUGAUGUAAUGCGACGGCUGUAUUAUUACACUGUUAUGAUCAUUUUUGAAGAAUGAGCGAAGCAAAUAAAUUUGCAAACUGAUUGAACAUUAAUAAAUUCAGAUGGAUUCAAUGUACAACCUAUGACAGCAAGUUCGAAAGGAAUAAAAGCCAAGGGUUGUUAUAAAAUAGGAAAAAGAAAGUUUUUUAAUAGUAGCGUGUAGUGUUACCUAAUAUGACCUAAAUGGAUUCAAACUUUAUUAUUCGUUUACUAGGCAUGGUAUCAAUCGAAUCUAUUAAUCAGCUUUAUAUAUAUCAUCGUCAUCCAUUACUAAGAUCGUACUCAAGAUUAGGGACGCCACGCAUCUUCGAAAAUUUCUUUCUAUUAUAUAUUCUAUUCACUAGACUGCAUCUCUAUUCACGCAUGCACCCUAUUACAUCUUCGAGAAGACUCAUUAACAACCGGUAAAAAGCUGAAACUGAUCUGUUCUGAUUUGUUUCACAAUAGAAAAUUUCUGCACUAUCCGUCGUGUAACUGGUGUUAUUGCUUUUCUUUGCAUAAACAAAGGGAACAACAAAGCUAGCGGAAAGCUGUUUAUACAUCUAUUGAAGUCACUUUAUCCGUACGUUAGCCGUAACAUCAAAUUCCGUGCAAAAAAACAUUGUAUGAUAUAUCUGAAAUCUUUUCCAUUGCUCAACCCUUGGUAAGUAGUAUGUUUCAAAGAUAAUAUUGGCAUAUUUUCUGUGUACUUGUGUACGCGAUUCUCAGGUUCUAGUUUCCGCACGUGCAGAAUCCUAGGCGCUCUCCAUCGCUAACGUAGUGGAAUAGCAUCUGUUUUUAUUUGUUAAUAAUUGAUCAUUUAUUUUCGUUGAACAGCUCUGUGUUAAACCAUAUGUAAAUAAUAGUAGAUAUUUUCAAAGGGUACUUUACUCAAAUCUUUCUUAUCUGUUAGUUGUAACAGUAGCGUAUGUACAAAUGACGCACACUUUGUUGUACAUGUUCUUAUCAUGUAGCGGUGCUUCGUCUGAUGGAAUGCAGGUACAGCGGCGCCAGAUGCUGAACUUCAAAUAGUAGUGAUAGUAAUAGAUCAUUAUUCCCAAUGGAAUUAUGUACAUAUGGUGUCAUACUGAGUACUGUUGUCUUUGAUAGCGAGGCUUCAUAACAUGUGCAUUCAAAAUAUGUACUUCUCCACAAAAGGGUUACAUUUAUGCACAUAUCAUACUAAGCGUCUUCGGAUAGCGUGAAUAUGAAGUAAGCAAAA